AUGAUCGUUUAUUCGAAAAUGAAUGUAGUUAACAGUGUAGAAAGUAAUAACAAAGAUGAUAAAAUUGAAACGAUUCUUAAUAUGCUAAGGAACCAAGUAGAUCAGUAUAAUACUGUGAAAGAGGAUAACCCAUCGGAACCCAAAUUAACGACGGAUCAAAGGAUCCAACAACUGGUGAUGGAAGAGAAGCAAUUGUCAACACAGUUCCAAAAGGUCAGAAAGGAACUAAGAUUUUAUGAGCGGAAAUAUGAAAAGAUGUUGAAGAAGAGAGUGAGGCACAUAAAGAUACAGAUUAAAGAGGAUCUUAAGAAAUUAAAAGAAAUAAAAGAAAAAUAUUUUGAACUACACUCUCAGCUAGAAACAGAAUCCUCUACAUUGGAGAAAGCGAAAGAGAAGGAAUCAGAGGAAGCAAGCAACCCUUUAAACGUAAAUACGCUGUCAUCUCAGCUUAAGCAAAAUGAUAUACCGCUUAGUAGCAAGAUUAAAAUUAGCAUUAAAAAAAAUGAAAACUCAUGCAGCAGUGAGAUACAUUUCGUUCACGAUAUCAAUGGACAAAAUGCGUUUACAAAUCUAGUUGAAAUUGUAAAACCUGUGGCCCUGAACACUCGAGAAUGUAAAAUUAUCUUGCAAAAAUUAACAGAAGAGCAAAUUAACAAGUAUAUUGAUCAGAAGAGGUUAGGUCAACCGCAAAUAGAAUACAAAGAAAUAACGCAAGAUUGUUUACAAGAAAUCAAUAAAAGUAUUGUUUGCCCAAAGUGGCACAUAAAAAUUCCAAGAUCCGUAUUUGAAGAAAGUCAGAAGGAAAGUAGAAAAUCCAUAUCUGAAGAAAGUCAGAAGGAAAGUAGAAAAUCCAUAUCUGAAGAAAGUCAGAAGGAAAGUAGAAAAUCCAUAACUGAAGAAAGUCAGAAGGAAAGUAGAAAAUCCAUAUCCGAAGAAAGUCAGAAGGAAAGUAGACAAUCCGAUUUGAAUGUAGCUUCUUGCUCAGAAGUCAUUUAAUUAGAUUGAUACAAUUGACCAUUAGUAGUAGUAUUUAUGUUAUAUGUUAACCAGAAAAUGUUGUAUAUGUCAAUAUCUUCCCAAAUUUUUGUUACUACAUGACAAUACAGAUUAGUUGCAGAAAUAGUUUAAAUAAGAAAAUAUAUUAAAAAGAUAUUGUGUAAUAAAACACCAAGCAAAAGUGUUGCCACAUUGAUCUUGCAUUAGUGAUGACACCUAUGCAGUGUUUCACUUAAGGUACAUUCAGUGUAAUUGACCAUUAGAAGAAAAAAAGGAAUCAUAUUUUGAUGUCAUUUAUUUUCAUUUCAUAUAUUGCUUUUAGGAUAAACCAAACAAAGACACAACAUUUCAUGAAUAUCAUAUUACUCAUAGAAUAAAGUAAUCAAUGUUGUAUACUCAGUUUUAUCUAAAAAUUUGUUUGAAAUCAUUUGUUCUUUUAUUUUAUUUCAUUAAUUUCAGCAGUAUUAGUACAAAGAUAUGAUAUUAAGUUUUUCUUUUAUAUUUAUUAAAAAAAACCUUAAGUAUCUUUUUUUUUCAUUUCCAUUUCAUUGGUAAUAAUAAUUUCAUCUUUUAUAUAAAAUUUUAAUUUUGUUAGAAAAUAUAUUUAUAAAUUUCAUAAUCUUUUUAUGCAUUCAUUUUAUUGGCUUUCAAAUUGUAAAAGAAUUAUAGAUUUAAUUGUUACAAGGUUAUAUUUUUAGUAACCUUAAAAAUAUUACAUUGUUUGAAAUGUAAUAUAACAUUUUAUUCAUAUGUAUUUGCGUGUACCAUCGCAGUAAAUUAUGGUACCAUUUUAUUGUCAACAUAUAAUUUUAACAAAUAGAGUUCAACCUUCUGGUGUGCUUUUUUAAUAUGUAUAAUAUUAAUAUGUCUUUCUAAAAGAUAUAUUAAUAUGUCUAUUAAUAUAUCUUUUUAAUAUGUAUAAAUGUGAAGUUAAAAAUGUUAAUAAUUAAAUAUUCAAAAUAAAAGCACUUACUACACAUAUAAUUAUCGCAAUGUGAAGAACUUGAUAUCAGUAUUAAAAUAUAAAUAUACAAGUUAAUAAAUAAGAUCAAUCUAGGAUGUUUUCCUUUAAUAAUAACAAUAAUAAUAAUUAUUAAAGUGCUUCUUCUAUGAAUAGUUAUAUUAUAUGAAUAGUUUUUAUGGCAUAAAAUGUCAAUUAAUAUAUAAAUAACGAUAUUUUGGUCUAACUAAUUUAUUGUGUAGAAUGUAUGUUGCUAUAAAAGGUAUAUAUACAUAUUCAUAUACAUAUACAUAUAAAAUAUACUUUGUACUAUCAUAAAAUGGUUGUAAAAGUAGAAAAAUAUUUAUAAAUUAUUAUAAAAAAGUACUUUAGUGUAAGUACUACUAAAAGUACUUUUAUUGUAAGAUAUUUUAAUUUGUGAAAAAUACAUGUAACAAUAAUUUAUAAUAAUAACAUACUCAUGUAAUUCUUAAAUGUUUAUAUUUAUUAUUUCAUGAACAAGUAAUUUGUUAUAUCUUUAUCAUUGAUAGAUAUGUAAGAAUGGAUUAAGCUUAAGUCAAUGAAGUUUAAUCUUUACAGUAAAUGAGGUAAGUAACGAUAAGAAUUGUAAUAUAAGUGUUUUAAAAUUUAUUUUUUCAGUGCUACUGGAAAUUGAUUCGAUACCAUAUGUGUAAUAGAUGCAUUUUUUGAUCAUGAUAAGUGUUUUGGCCAGUGUUUCUAUUAAGUACAUCUUUAAAGAAUUCUUGAAGAUAAAUAAUUUUAUAGCUAAUAUGAAAUAUGAAGUAUAAGAAGUGUGUUACUGAACAUAUGAACUUUGAGUUUUGAGAUUAGAGAUUAUGAUUUGAAUUAGUAACUAAUAAAAAUAGAUCUCUAUAUAAAUAUAUAGUGUAUAAUUUAAAUCUUUAAUGUUGUUAUCAAUUUUCCAUAAUCAUUUGAAAAUCAUGAUAAUGUAACAUAGAAAUUACUGUAAGGUAGAAAUUACUAAACUCAAAUUGUUUAAUUAACGUAAGAUAUAGUACUCUAAUUAUUUUUAUUAAGACAUGAACAUUAAUGAUGUAAAAUUUGGAAGGAUCAUUGUACAGUAGAUUUUAUACAUACCAAUCAAGUAUAGUGAGUCUUAUUAAGAGCUAUUCCAUCGUAGCUCACUAUUGAACCUUCUGUAGAAAUAUAACUCCCUUUUCCAUAUAAAUCAUAAUUAGUGAUAUAUAUAUAAGCAUCAAAUAAUAGUCAUUUCACUAUGACCAAAAAUUUAUUCUCAUCAUAAGUGAAACAAUGAUAUUCUAUGAUAUUUAUGGGAUGUAAAGAAUAUAGGGGCCGAUUUCUUUCCAUCUGAUAAAUUAUUCAGACUACUUCAGUUUGAAAUAGUAAAUCUAUUUUAGACUAUUAAAUCAUAUUAUCACAAUUGAGUACACUCUGACAUGAUAUUUUCAUAAUGUUAAUGUGUAAAAAGAUAAUUUUUAUUUCAUCUAAAUUUUUAACUUUUUUAUAUGAUAAAGAGGACCUUCAAAUGAAUGUAGAACAUUCUUAUUGGUGAAUCUAAUAUAUUUAAAUAAUUGCCGUACACUGGUACUAAUCAUUUCUACAAUAAGCUACACAUUAAUGAUAUUAAACGAAAUACGUACUAAUAAAUUAUUAUUAAACGAAACUGUACAAUAUUGUUUCGCCGUGCUAGCGCUUAGAACAAUUACUUAUUCUAUUUUCGUGGAUAGGCAAAGAAGGGAAAGUUAAAUCAACCAUGGAUUCCGAGAUCGCAUAUUCGAUUACCGCGUCGAACUUAUACUAUUGCGACGAAAUUAAUAUAUUUCGAAAUAUAAAAAAAGAUACUCAAUCUAGGUUAUUGUCGUAACAAGAAAGGGGAUGAAAGAUCGUUUCAAUGAAGUUUAGAAACUAGUAUGAUUAUACGAAAAGAAUACAUAUGGUGUAAAUCGAGGGUAAAUGAAAAAAAGAAGUAGCAAGAACGUGUAUAAUAAUAUAUACGGGGGAAAACAUUGUCAUAUGUUAGUUUGUAAACUAUCGUUCGAUUAUGAUCAAUAUACAUACAAAAGAAACCAUACAUUCGAUUAUGUAACGUGCUUUAUAUUCAAGAUUCUUAAACAGUCAUUAUCUAGCAUCCAUUAUGAACAUUUUCAAUGAAAGGAAAAUAAUUGUGGAAGAUGAAUAAAUCUCGUAUAUUAUAAAAUAUUCGCUGACGCAUAUUCAAAUCGUACAAUUAUUCAUUUUCCUUUUUUGCUUUGCGUGUUCUUUCUUUUCUUUUCUUUUUUUUUUU